UUUAAAUAUCUGAAAGUUUUAACCCGUUCCCUCUCACAACAAUCAAGCAAUCUAAUCUCCCCCUGCUUUCUAUAAUCUAAUCUCUCUUCAGCUCUUCCAUCUCUCUCAUUUCCUUGUUUGACAGCGGUUUCCCAUAAAUUCUGGUUAAUUUUCUUUCUUUUUUCUUUUUUUCAAAAUCUUCUGGUUCGUUAUUUUGUUUCCUUUCUUGUGUUAUUGGCCUUUUCUAUAAUUCAAUUUUAUCUCAUUUGUGUUCAACAAUGGCUGAAAUGAAAGACGCCCAUAUCGUAGAAAUCCCAGUAGAUGAAGAGCACCAGCAGAAACUGAUAUGUGCCAUGAACACAAUAACAGCAAUUCAAAACCACCCGUUAGCAGAAAUCUCUAAUUGUCCAGGUCAUCUUUUGCUUCUCAAGCUAUGGCAAAGAGAAGAGAAUCUUUUCGGCCGUAGAAUUGCUUUGAAAGAGUCGAGAAUGGUCUCUAUCAAGCGCGAAAUCUUUCACCUUUGUUGCUUCUUUUUAGUCUUUCAUGGGAUAUUCUUAACCAUUUUGUUUACCUCUUCUGUUGAUAGUAAAGAGCAUACUUGCAAGAAUUGGUGGAUACCUUCUCUUGUGUCUGUCUGCACUUCGCUUGUGUUUGUGUCUUUGGUUCAGGUUAAGAUUUGCAGUUACUGGAAGGUGUCCAGGCAGUUGCAAAGAGAGAAGAAUAAUGAUAGAGCUCUUACUAAGUGUAUUCAAGAGUUGAGAAUGAAAGGGGCUAGUUUUGAUUUGUCUAAGGAACCAGUGAGUGGAAAGAGAAUGAAGAGCUCAAGCGUUGAGAUCAAAUGGAAGCCAUUUACUUGGUGUUCGCAGUAUUUGAUUACAAUUUGUCUUGUUUCUUUCUCAUGUUUGGUGUUUCCUGCUUCCAAAUUCAUCCUUUGCGGAUUCUGAUCAGGGAAGCCUGCUAGCUAGCUUGUGGAUUUCUCCAAGUCAGCGUCUAAGCAUGAAGUUUGUACGUAAUGAUCUUGUUUAAUCUACAACAACAAAGAAUGUGCUGGCUCAGUUCUCUGAUCAAUUACUUGAAGUUCUCUUGUGCACCAUUCAUACAAGUACUUGCAGUGCUGGAAUUUGAGAGGCUUGAUAAUGGCAUUGCCUAAUCUCAUCAAGGGGAUGAAGCAUUUCGGUCCGAUCAUCUGUUAGUUGGAUUCAUAAUUUUACGGGCUAAAAAGGAAAUCGGUCAUAUCGUUCCUCCCUGAAUUCCAGUGCGGAUGAUGAGAAGGAUACCAGAUCAACAAUGAUGCCAACGCCGCUUCCCUUCUAUGCCAAGUGCAACAUCAAUCAUCUUGGUUCCGGCGUUCAAAGAACUUCAAUCAUGUGGCAGCAUCAAUUUUCUGCAAUGUUAACUUUGAGCAAACACUAAAGAUGCCAUUAGCUCACAUCGGCUGAAUCAAGAAUCUUAUUGGACACAAGUCAUCUCUUUCUCAAGAGGAUCCUUUACAAGGACAAAGUUCAGUAUAUGGCUUUGGCUAUUAGCUAAGACAAUAUCUCUUGAAAAGCCUACAAUAUAUAGGUAUAACCUAUAGAUGUGGGCAUACAUUAUUAUUAAUAUCGUAUGUAGAGACACCAGGCAUAUUGGGUUAUUCAAACUUCUCAUCUAGGAGAUUAUGAUAAUGUCACCAUCUCACUUCAAUUAGGAGAGAAGAGUCAGUUGCUUAUACAGUAGAUUACUUUCUCUCCUCGAGAUAUGCCUUCUCAAUAAUAAAAUUAAAUAUGUGGACCUGACCCAUCAGCUAAGACAAUAUUUCUCGGGAGCCUACCUUGUACAGGUGUGGGCAUACAUUAUUAGAGAUUAAUCGGGGCAUCCUUGUUUAGCUAGAAGAUAAAGGAUCUGUUAAUUUGAUGAUAUGAUAGUGUGAUGAACAGUGGAGUUAAUUA